AUGUUUCAGAUGAUUCCACGUCAAUUAUUUCGUUCGAUACAUACAAAUUAUGUACUUUGCAAUGCAUCAAAAAAAUCAUUAUUAAGCAAAUUACGUAAGAAGACUGGAUAUACAUUUGUAAAUUGUAAAAAAGCUUUAGAAGUAAAUGACAAUGAUGUAGAAAAGGCUGAACAAUGGCUAAAUGAUCAAGCUCAAAGUGAAGGUUGGACUCAAGCAAUAAAAUUACAAUCCAGAUUGACUUCCCAAGGAUUAAUAGCAAUGGUCACCAAUAACAGUCAUGGAGCACUUGUGGAAAUUAAUUGUGAAACAGACUUUGUUGCUAGAAAUAAAAAGUUCCAUGAUCUAGCAGAGAUUAUACUUUCCACUGUAUUGAAAUAUGGAACAACAAUUGAACAGAAUUCCUUGAUCAACAAAACCAUGUUAUGCCCAGAAUUGAUAAAUAAAUUGUGUGCUAAUGAUGGUAAAAGUUUAAGUGAUCAUUCUGCUUUAACAAUAGGAAGCGUUGGAGAAAAUAUUAAUAUAAGACGUGCAUUAUGCAUGAGUGUACAACCAGAUGUACAUUUAUAUGGUUGUACUCAUCCCAGUCCUAUUAAUCCAGUACCAUCAUCUUUUGGACGAUAUGGAGCACUGGUUGCUUUAAAAUCUAACAAAAAGAAAGAGGUUCUAGGAAUGCAACUUUGUCAACAUAUUAUUGGUAUGAAUCCAGUGAAAGUUGGUGAUGCAAAAAUUGAUGAACCAUUUGAUAACACAGAUGAUGAACCUGUUAUGCUGUAUCAAGAAUUCUUGCUUGAUCCUUCUUUGUCUAUACAGCAAUUAUUGCAAAAUGAACAGAUUGAAGUCUUAGAUUUCGCACGUUUCGAAAUGGGUGAAUUCCUUGAAAACAAAGAAAUGUUGAAUUCUGUAGAAACUUGUGGUUAA